AAACAGUAACAUGAUAUAAUUAAAAAAAUAUUUAUUGUAUUGAAAUUGAGGUGAAGUAUAAGAUCAAUCAAUCAAAAGUUGCGCCAAGUAAUGUUUUCACAAAUACUUGAAGAGCUUGAAGAUUCUUAAUAAUGUCGCAUGAUAAUUCUUUUUGUAAUAUGCUAAUACAGUGUCUCAAUAAAGAUACAAAUUCUUCAGUACAGCCGGAUCUUGCAGCGUCUUUGGAGAAUGUCACAAAAAAUGAUAUCUAUAGAAUAUUAGAACAUAUUCACUUAUCGAAUGACAGUCAGAUACAAAUUAAAUUGAUAUCCAUUUUAACAAUUUAUAUGAUGUCAAAUGGCACAGACAGAGAAAUAAUAAUAAAAUGUAACUCCUUAUACGAUAAAGUAUGCGAGAUACUUACUAAGGGUCACCAAAAAAAGUCCAACAUAACUUUGAACUUCCUCGCGAGCCUUCUGCAUACGGAGGAUGUCACCGCGCGCACUCGGGGCCGCGCCCUAGUUCUUUAUGCACAGAACAUGAUCAGAGCUAGCGGCUGCCUGAUGGCCAUGGCUAACCUCUUCGUUAACGGUUUACUGCACCAGGAUACAUGGCAAGUGCUUUGUCGAUGCCUCGCCGAUUCUUGUUCCGGUUUGGAAUCCAAUCAGAACUAUUGCUCACAUCUUAUUCCUGUGUGCGUGCGGCGCUGUCGGCCGGGGAACGAACACGUUUUUCAAGUAGUGCAGACUUUGCUGCAUAACAACGAACGAAACACCCAAAUGUUCUUUAAGAGUGGCGGCUGUCGUAUGUUUAAUAGAGAAUUUUUGAAAUACGAUCGAUGUUUGCAACUGUUAAACACUGUCGUAUCAAACCCGGACACGAGAGACAAAAUUUUAAAAGAUACCGAUAUAAUUAGCGAUUUGCAAGAUUUGAAACAAUUAUACGGAUCUAUGUCCCAUGUCGGUCAAUGGGUAUCUAUAAUUUUUUACACGUUAGAUUUGAAAGGUGAAGGUAAGAACCGCGAAACAAAUUACUGUUGGGAAAUAUAUAUGAUUUUUAAUUAGUUAACGUAAGUUUCAGAUUACAUAAAAGAAGUAAAAGAUAACAAGCACUUGUUAAAUGAAGAAGACACAAAUGCAGGUGUGCUGGUGGACAGCGCACUGCAUGUGCCAGUUUUUAACAGUUUGAAAUCUAAUGAAAUGGACGACACGUCGGUAUUAUUGAGAAAUAUUGUAAAAGAAGUCUUGAAUUUCAAACAAAAACAAAAUAUAAACCCUAAUGUAAAAAAUACACCACAGUCAUUACUUUCUAAUAAAACAGAUAAAAACAACAAUAAUUUUAUCGAGAAUAUGAAAGAUUCUAUUGGUGUAGAAAAAUUAAGAGAUGAAACUAAAAACGAUUUUUCUUCACUUUCUUUCCUAUUAAAUUAUAAUUCAUUGAGAAAUUCGACUAAUUUAAAUUAUUUCAAGGAUGAAGAAAUUUAUUC